GUAAAUAUGCAUCAGCUCUUUUUAUUUCAUCGAGUAGGCGCACUCCGCUAGGGUUUUGCUGUGGUUCCUCUCCGUGGCGACGAGCAAGAUCAAGACAGCGUAAACGUUCAUGGAGAAGGCGUCGGGGCUGCUCUUCUCCGGCGUCCGGGUCGACCGAAAGCGGUUCGCCCGGGAGAUUGCCCGAUUCCAGCAGUUGAAGAAAGAACCGGAUGAUCUCGGGGACCUAGCGGAUGCAGCGCUGGAAGCCUUGCCGGAGGUGAAGGCGAACAAGAAGGAGAAGAAGCGGAAGCGCAAGGAUAAGGACUCUUCUGGUUGCAUCUCUGGCUUACAUGCUGUGGAGGGGUUCAGUGUGUUCAAGAGUUCCGAGUCUUUGUCGUCUAUUCUAGAAAGAAAUGCUUUGGAGGCUACUUCUGCUGAGAAGAAGAAGGAAGUGGAAAAGGAGAUUGAGAAAGCUUCUAUUCUGCGUAAGAAGUAUGGAAUUCAUGUUUCAGGACACGGUGUUCCUCCCCCGCUCGAGAGUUUUGUGGAGCUAAGCUCAAGGUAUAACUGCAAACCAUAUAUUUUGCAUAACUUAACUGAACUUGGUUUUCGAGAGCCUACACCUAUUCAGAGGCAGGCUAUUCCAGUACUCCUUUCUAAGAGGGACUGCUUUGCAUGUGCACCAACUGGCUCUGGCAAGACAUUGGCAUUUUUAUGUCCAAUGCUCAUGAAGAUUAAGCCAGGGUUAAAGAAUGGUGUAAAAGCUGUUGUUCUCUGCCCUACUAGAGAAUUAGCUGCUCAAACUGCUAGAGAGUGCAAGAGGCUGGCUAAGGGGAGAAAAUUUUACAUCAAGUUAAUGACUAAGGAGCUCUCCAGAUGUGGUGAUUUUGAAAAAAUGCUGUGUGAUAUAAUCAUAUCCACUCCUUUCCGGUUGGACUUUGCUAUUCGCAAAAGGAAGUUUGACUUGAGUCGGGUGAAAUAUCUUGUCUUGGAUGAAGCUGAUAAGCUUUUUGAGCUAGGUUUUGUAGAACAAAUUGAUUCUGUGGUCAAAGCCUGUUCAAGAACUACUGUAGUACGUACACUGUUCAGUGCGACUUUGCCUGAAACUGUUGAAAAACUUGCAAGCACUGUUAUGGUUGAUGCAGUUCGAAUCAUCAUUGGUAGAAAAAAUUCUGCCUCCGAGAUGAUUAAGCAAAAGCUUGUUUUUGCUGGUAGCGAAAAAGGGAAAUUGCUUGCUAUUCAUCAAAGCUUUUCAGAGAGUCUGAAUCCUCCAGUACUAGUGUUUGUUCAAAGCAAAGAAAGAGCGAAGGAACUUUACAAGGAAUUAGCAUUUGACGACAUAAAAGUUGAUGUUAUUCAUGCAGACCUUUCCCAGCAGCAGCGAGAAGAUGCAGUUGAUAACUUCAGAUCAGGCAAGACAUGGGUUCUGAUAGCAACUGAUGUUGUUUCUCGGGGUAUGGAUUUUAAGAGGAUCAACUGUGUGAUCAACUAUGAUUUUCCUGAAUCAGCUGCAGCAUAUAUUCAUAGAAUUGGUCGAUCUGGACGGGCUGGAAGACCUGGAGAAGCUGUAACAUUCUUCACUGAAGAGGAUAAACCUUUUUUGAGGAACAUAGCCAAUGUGAUGGCAGCAUCUGGCUGUGAAGUUCCUUCCUGGAUUCUUACUUUGCCCAAGCUCAGAAAAAGAAAGCACCGGCCACACAGAGACUCGAUAUCAACCAUUUCCGACGACAGUGCCUAGUAAAAGAAAUGCUGCAGUAUGUUCUAAAGCAUCAGGUUCCUUACUCCCAUCCGUCCCGAGAGAUCUGCUACUGUGGUUUUCAUCAACAUUCUGGCCUUGAUUGCCAUGGCUGAGUUGUCUUCGAACAAAGAUUGUGGAUUCUGUCCUGAGGUUUGCUUCUGCCAAAGAAUUUGGUUGCUCGGAAAUGUAGACGAUGGUGAUAUAUUUGUGCAGGCUACAUUAACCAAUUGAUAACCAACAAGCUAUCAAGUUAUGGAGUUAAAUAUGAUUAUCUUCAUAAUCAUACAGCUUAGCCAGAUCAAGUCUGAGAAAAAAAAAAUCACAAACUAAUUUGAUGAUGCUACCUACCUACUAUAAUUAUAAAAUUCGUGUGUUUUUUUUGUAAAACGAUGUAUACAUUUAUAUUUUCCGUAAAACCAUGUAUUUCAAUUAUAGUUGAGAUUAGCUCUA